AUGUGGGAGAAGCUGUACAGCAGCGUGGUCAGCGUCCUGGACUUCAACCAGGCAACGCUGUCAGGAUGUGUGGAUAUCAUCUGCGUUCGCCACAAGGAGGUGGUUGAUGGAGCUGAUGGCCGUUCUCCGUCAGCGGCCUCCUGUAACGAUGGCGACCCCGAGCUGGGACCUAAUGAGCGUUGGGUGUACCGUUCCACUUCGUUCCACGUGCGGUUCGGUAAGACCAAGCUGUUGAAGUCGCGUGAGAAGACCGUCUCGGUGUACGUGAAUGGGCAGUUGUCCAACCUGACCAUGAAGUUGGGUGCUGCUGGCGAGGCGUAUUUCGACGAUGACAGUGGCGACGCCGCAGCGGGCAUGCUGUCGCCGUAUACCCACCAGUUGAGCGAUAUGUCCGUAUUUAGUGAAGAAAACGGCGACGGUGCCAGCCAUGCCCUAAUGGACUACGGCUACUACGCCUGCAGCAACAGCCGGUGCAGCGUGAGGAGCGAUGAGGCGGACACGGCUGGACCUGCUGCACGUUCUUCCCAUGGGCAGUCGAAUACCGAUCGCAAUUCCGACCCCUCGCACGCCCAGCACCCUGCAACCUCUCAGCAUGAAACAGAUUGGGGGGCAUCCGCGUCACCAAAAGGCUCCGGAGGCGAGUAUUCUCGGGGAUGGGAUGAGUUGAGUAUCCAGCAGGACGCCAGCGGAAACUCACCGGACGACCAGAUCCUGCAGUUCAGCCUAUGCGGUCAUCUAUUGAGUGCGCAGGACGAAACGUUGAACCGCCAGUUGUUUGAGAGUAACAUGGUAGACUGGGAGCGUUUGAAUGCCGACCCAUCCCUGUGGUACCACCCCUCUCUGGUGGCUCGUUUCGACAAUCGCCCGCCCUACUACCCUUCGAAGAUUGCGCUGCCUCUACUUGCUUCAUGGAUAGUGUACAACAAGCCUCUCUCCGGCGAGGCCAUUGCGACAUUGCUGCGCACAACAGUGCUCGCAAAUAGCUCCCCAUCCCCCCUCCCAACGCGUUCUACGAUGUCUGAUGUACGCAACAACAUGGCCCCCCCGCGUUACGCCGGCACGCGCGCUUUUAGGCGCUUCCGCGUGUCCAUCCGCCCCACUUCGGAGCAGCUGGCGUCCCUAAACUUGAAGAUGGGUGUUAAUAACAUCACCUUCACCGUGAACUCCUCGUGGCAGGGAACAAAGAGCGUGCAUGCGAAGUUGUAUCUCUGGCCGGCGGACGCUCGCAUCGUCAUUUCGGAUGUCGACGGCACCAUCACGAAGUCCGACGCGCUGGGGCACAUCAUGCCCAUCCUGGGCCGGGAUUGGUCCCACACGGGCGUCGCCGAGUUGUUCACCAAGAUCCGCUCCAACGGUUACCGCGUCAUGUAUCUGACCGCGCGUGCCAUUGGACAGGCCGACUACACGCGCGAGUACCUGUUCGGAUUAACGCAGAAGGAGAAGGACAAGCUUCCCCACGGGCCUCUGUUUCUCUCUCCGGACCGUUUGCUCCCCGCCUUCAAGCGCGAAGUGAUCAGUCGCAGCGCCUACAUGUUCAAGAUCCCCGCGUUGCGCGACAUCCGCAACCUAUUCCCCCCGGACCACAACCCCUUCUACGCCGGUUUCGGCAACAACGAAUCCGACCACCGUGCAUACGUGUCCGUCGGUGUCCCGGAGAACCGUGUUUUCAUCAUCAACCGCAGCGGCAUCAUUAGGCACGUAAACGUAAACUAUGCCAAGACAUACGAGAGCAUGAGCGACAUUGCCGAGUUGAUGUUUCCCCCGUGCCCCGAUGCGCAAUCAAAUGUCAAUGACGAGGAAUGCCAAAACUAG